UGAAAAAAGAAGUCUUUAAUUUGGCGAAUCCAUUCGUUUACUUUGCGUUUAUUUUUAGCCUUAGUACUUUCGUUUGAUACGUUUGCUACCAAUAAUAUUAAAAACGUUCAGAAGUAACAAACUGCAAGUUCAAUUCCAAAUUGAAUAUCCAUCAAGUAUUCAGAGUGAAUAAAGAAAACCCUACAUCACACCUACAAUCAUACGUGUUACGUGUACAUACAUAUGUCUUGGUUCCCAUUCUUAUCAACCAUAAAUUAAAAUUUAGCACUGGGAAUUCGUAAACUACCGUUAAACAACUGAAAAAUGAACGGCCUGAACAGCAAUGAUGACGCCGUCGAGUGUCCCUUGUGCAUGGAGCCUCUGGAGGUGGACGAUCUGACAUUUUUCCCCUGCACCUGUGGCUACCAGAUUUGCCGAUUUUGUUGGCAUAGGAUCCGCACGGAUGAGAACAAGCUGUGUCCGGCGUGCCGGAAGGAAUAUCCUGAGAACCCGGCGGACUUUAAGCCGCUAACGCAGGAAGAAAUGAUUGCCUUCAAGUCUCAAAAACGCCAAAGGGAUCAACAGCGAAAGCAGAAGAUUACGGAGAACCGUAAGCACCUGGCAAAUGUGCGUGUGGUUCAAAAGAACUUGGUUUUCGUUGUCGGCCUGCCACCGCGACUUGCUGACGCAGACAUAUUAAAAAAACAUGAGUAUUUUGGUAAAUAUGGGAAAAUUCAUAAAGUCGUUAUAAAUCCAAGUACCACGUAUGCCGGGGUCCAGGUAAGAGUUGGUCCAUCUGCCUCGGCCUACGUUACAUACGUUCACAACUCGGACGCCUUGCGGGCCAUACAGAGCGUCAACAAUAUUAUGAUCGACGGGCGACUAAUAAAGACUAGCUUGGGAACGACGAAAUACUGCAGCCACUUUAUGAAGAACCAGCAGUGUCCUAAGGGCGACUGUAUGUACUUACACGAGCUGGGUGAUCCCGAGGCCAGCUUUACAAAAGAGGAAAUGCAUCAGGGAAAGCACCAGGAGUAUGAGAAGCGACUACAUGAUACUCUUAUUGCCUCAUCUGGACCGAAUACAGCAGGUAUUAUAAAUGGUAACGGCGCUGCUUCUAAAGCAAAUGGCGCAAUUCCAUCGUCGUCGUCGGCCUCAUCCUCGUCAUCGUCGUCGGCAUCCGGAUCGGGCGGGGGAUCCGCAGGUGCGAAUAAUACUAACGGAGGGGGAGCAAAUAAUGCUCAGCAAAAGGAGGCAUGGCCCAGCUUAUCGGUGUCGCCCAUCAAUGGAAGAGAGGCGGCAGUUACGAAUUCAAAUUCCAGUAGCAAAAGUAAAAGAGAGAAGCUGCGAAACGAGAAGCGACACGAAAAAAAUAAAUCGAAGAAUAAAAAUAGUGGUAAUGGUAAUUCCAAUGCCUCUAAUAAGGAGAACAAUGUUCCCGAAACGAGAGGCAGCACUAGUACCGAGACAUUCGCUGAGGCAGCAACCGCGGAAGCACCGCCGCCUGCUACAAAGGCGGAGACAACGCACAGCUCUAGCAAUAAUCGAUCGCGGAAGGAUCGGGCUAAGGAGCAGAAGAAGAGCAAGGAUACUGGACCAGCGCCCAAGCAGACUGAGCGAGUAGAGCCCAGAGUAGAGAGUGUAGCAACACAAAAGAAGCAACCAGAAGCAACUGAUGAUAGCUGUGAAGAUAGUUUACCACAGAAGAGAUUACCAGCGCUAGCGGCAUCACCAGCAGCAGCGAACGUUGAAAGAUCUCUCAGCUCGUGUAGCGAAAAUAGUGAGGGUCACGUCUCCACAGAGAGUAGUGUAAGUGAAAAGAGUGAUUUCCCGGAGGAGAAGUGCAAUAGUGUGAAUUCGGAGAGCCAGCCAGAAAGUGUACUAAUCCCGGAGGAGGAGGAGGCCGAUAAUAGCAAAGAGGCUAGCAUCGAGUCAGAGCCGAAUGUGUCGUCUGGUUCGACACCAGUGGCUAGCGAGACUAUCAGCAGCAGCAGUCCUACUGUUGCACCAAAUAGUAGUAGUCAGGAAACAGGCGGCUCAUUGCCCGAAGAGCCAGCAGAAGAAUCCCUAGACCUGGACGAGAACGGUAGCCGUGUGACUGAUGCUCUGUCUAAGCUCAAUAUAUUCGAUGAUGCGCCCAGCUUUUUCUCAUCGUCAUCAUUCCAGCAAGCGCCCUUAAUCAAGAAUAAGCUAGAUUUGGAGAUGAGACAGUCUCAUUUGCCGGACUUGGUCAAUGAUAUUGAUGGAAUCCAAAAGGCAUCAAAUGCUAAUGAAUGGGAAGAAGCCUUCAAAAAUGUGAUGUUACGCAACACGAGGCAUGUAGAGGAGCAACUUCUGCAGCAGCAGCAUCUGCAACAGCAGCAGCAGCACCACCAUCAGCAAGUAUUGCAUCAACAGGAAGAGUUCCUUCGCAUGCACGAGCUACAAAAGCGCAACAACUUUGCGAAUAAUUUAUCGCAGAUUAAUGGUCCUGCAAAUGAUUUCCUUAGCCACUUUCAGGGCAACUCUCUUGAUUUAAAUCGAGCUCAGGCCCAUGCUCUCCUACAGCAACAAUUGCUACAACAGCAGCAGCAUCAGCAGGCAGGCGAUAAUCUGUUUGGCGGCAAUAUGUCCAAGUUCUUUGAUUUCCAUAAAACACAACAGCAAUCGUCGGCGCACCAUCCGUAUCUUAAUGGACACAACACGCCGCAAAUGAAUGGCAAUGAACCACAGCGAGUGGCUGCAUUCAUGGAGAACAAUCGACUGAAUUCUUCGCUUUUUGUGGAAAAUGGACUCAUUAACUCACAACAGCAACCUCAGAAACAGAGGCUGAUGGGAAUGUUUGAAAAUCUGCCCCCAAAUUCGCAAUCUCAACAAAAUCGUUUUACUCAGCCAAACUCCAUAGUCGACGAUGACUUAGGUUUCGAUCCCUUCAUUGAGACACAAAAGGGACUCGCUGAGCUAAUGGAGAAUGAGGUUGUUCAACAACAGAGUAUUAACACGGAGAAUGCCGCCGGCCCAAAGUUGCCACUACAACAGCCCCAAGUGGCCCCGCCACUCCAUCAGCAUCAGCAUCAUCAGAUGGUGGACAAUAUGCAGCGAGCACGCAUGCCGCCGCCGGGCUUCAAUCAUGUGAAUACCUUAGGUUUGGCCGGAGGGCCAUCUAGGCUGCAGCAGCACACGAGUAAAAUGAUGCCCUUCAUGAAUAUGGCGCAGCAAGGGCAGCAUCAAAUGCCGAUGGCUGCCAAUUGGAAUCACCUAGCGGCCAUGCACCAAAAUCCGGGACAGAGUGUGGGCGGUGGAGAUUCACAAUUACCACAUCCAAUGGCACACAAUAAGGUUUACAACAACAGUGAUUGGACAACAAUGGAUCCGGCAAUACUUUCGUUUCGACAGUUUUCAUCAUUUCCCCAAAACCAGAUUCCACCACAUCCUCAACAGCAGCAGGACAUGUUUUUGCAGCAUUUGGCUCAACAGCAGCAACAAAAUUCCCAAAGUUUCAACAAUCAACCACAGCAGCAGCAAUUGGCAAUGCCCAACAACAUGGCGGCGAUGGCCAAUACCUUGCUGAACGGACAGUCGCAACAGCCGCCACAACAACAGGUCAAUGCCAAUGUACAGGGCAUGCUUGAGUUCUUAAAAAGCCGUCAAUUCGUUUAGCUACAAUAUACAAUUAUUACAUUUGUUUACCUGUACUCUUUAUUAAAUAUUUCUUAAAAAGUAAAUAUAGGCAAAAUAAAAUUCGAA